GCGAAAGAACCGAAGCACGCAGGUGAAACUUUAAAGGGGCUCGACCGAGUUGACCGUCCGCCGCCUUCGCGUCCAGAUUUCCAAAACUAUCCCCGAAAACAUGCCGAGAUGUCGAGAGGAGCACGGCUGCCGAUAGGAUCCCGAAGUUGGGACUUUUAUGUCAAGCAAUGAGAGGCUAACAAACCUGUAGAUUUUUCUGGAGAUUCCUGACCAUUGCGUCUUCGUAGCACGUAUUGCAUCCAUUCCUUCUUACCACAAACCAUCUCCAUCAUCCCACACCCGUAGUCAUCAUGACGACCUCUUCUUUACGGCGGCAGAUGAAGAACAUUGUGAACAACUACACGGAUGCAGAGAUCAAGGUCAGGGAGGCCACCUCCAACGACCCGUGGGGCCCUCCGACCUCGCUCCUGAUGGAGAUCGCAGACCUGACCUUCAACGUGGUGGCCUUCACCGAGGUCAUGGGCAUCAUCUGGAAGAGGCUCAACGACCACGGCAAGAACUGGCGACACGUCUACAAGGCCCUCACUCUGCUGGACUAUCUGAUCAAGUCAGGAUCGGAGCGAGUGGCCCAGCAGUGCAAGGAGAACAUCUACGCCAUCCAGACUCUGCGGGAUUUCCAGUACAUCGACCGGGAAGGGCAGGACCAGGGCAUGGGCGUGCGGGAGAAGUCCAAGCAGCUGGUGGCUCUGCUCAGGGACGACGAGCGGCUCAAGCAGGAGAGAUCGCAGGCGCACAAGACCCGUGAGCGCGUGGCGGGAACCGGCGCUGCCAUGGCUUACGGAUCUUUACCGCCUCCCUAUCCGGGACGUCAGACCGCUCAGCCCAGCGUGGAAGCAGUGUACGGGGAAGAGCAUGGCAGGGUGAGGCACUCACCUUCUUCCUUCAACUCCUCCUCUUCCUCCCCUCAUCUGGCCCCAGAUCUGGAGCGCGCCCGGCCGCAGACGAGCGGAGAGGAGGAACUCCAGCUGCAGCUGGCCUUGGCCAUGAGCCGAGAGGAGAGCGAGAAGCCGGUCCCUGCUGUGGAUAUCGACGAACAGACACAGCUUCAGAUCGCUAUGAGCCUCAGUAAGGAGGAGGCGCACAAGCCAGCUCCUCCUCCACCUCCUCCUGCUGCUGCUGCUGCUCUGGAGAUGGAUGAAGAGGCACAGCUUCAGCUGGCCCUCACUCUCAGUAAAGAGGAACAUCAGCAGGAGGAACGAAGCCGGCAGGGAGACGAGUCGUUGCUCCAGAAAGCGCUGGAGGAGAGCAAACGAGAAAUGGAGGCCAAAGGAGGACGAUCUGCCAUGCUGGAUCUUGCAGAUAUUUUUGCUCCGGCUCCUGAUGUGCCCUCUGCUGCCGGCUCCUGGGAUUCGUCCGGAGGCCGUGGUUGGGCUGGCCCAGGCUGGUCCUCUGAGGCCUGACCCUGGGAUAGUCUAGAGCCCAGCUCUUUAAGCCGUCAUCGUGGAAGCUCGUGGAUGGCACCACCGUCAUCAAGUGUUCGUUCCCAGCCUUGGCCUCAGCAACAGCCCCAUCCGGACCCGUGGGACGCCCCUCAAAAUGCCCCGAGCCCCGUGUCCAUGAAUCAAACCUGGAUCUCCUCUGCACCUGGAACUGGAGUGGAUCCCUUUUCUCCUCUAGCAGCAGACAAACAGGGAUCCAUUGGUCCUCUUAAAACCCCAUCCCCUCGGGCAGGAAGUCCCUCAGGCGACGAUCUUUUGAUGAGGCUAUGGAUGGAGAGUCAGGCAAAUAUAAAUGGUCACAGUAGCCCUGAGCCUUUUGAUAUGUCUUCCCUUGGCGAAGGUCUACCAAAAACAGCUCCUCGAACCUGCAGCACUCCAGAGGCGUUUCUGGGUCCCACAGGAGCUUCACUCGUCAACCUGGAUUCCUUGAUUCCCUCCAACCCUCCUUCCAAGAACUUCAACCCCUUUUUAUCAGGAAUAACCGCUCCAUCGGCCUCCAAUCCAUUCCAGCAGGAACCUCCCCGUCUCACACUAAAUCAGAUGCGCCCCAGCUCCACAUCUCCUAUACCUACAUCCCUCCCAUUUAAUGCCUCUCUGCCCAUGGCUUCCAGCAGCCAGCCCAGCUCCCUGCCCACUACCUUCACACAAUCCGCGCAGGUCCCGCCGCUGGUCCCCGGACACCUGCCCCAGCCGCUGCUCCCCCUGUCCACGACAUCCACGCUCGCGGAUCCAGACCAACACAAUCAGAACCCCUUCCUAUGAGCAGAUCCAAACAAGCUUUUGAAAUGACAAUUUAACCACCGACUUGACUUAAAACUGGAAUACACUUUUUAACGCCUUUUGCUUCUUUCACAGCUUCCUGGUUUUGCUCUAUGCAGUCACUCGUAAGAGGCGUUCACACGUACAGUGGUUUACAGCGACGAAAAUCUGUCGUUUUUGACGAUGGUGGCACGUGGUACAGAUAUGUGGCGGUAUAUGAUGUGAGAAAGUUGACAUUGAAGAACUAGUAAAAAAAAGAAUGACUUUUGUUAUUUCCCAGACACACCAAGCCAAUAUCAAUGGCGAAAACCACCUAGCGUCGUCUGUCUGGACCAAAGAUUUCCUCUUGAAUGCUUUAUGAAGUAACUCCACACCAGCAGGUGGCAGUAGUCUGUACUUAUCAUAAAAAAAACAAAAAACGGAAGAGCUACGACUGUUAAUAUACAAACUCCCUUCUGUAGGUGCCCUCCUGACUUUGUCAUCGGCUUGCCUUCGUCAUUUUAGUUUUUAUUUUGUGCAUUUUAUAACACGCGAAUAGCCAAAAUUGCACGAUUUUGAUGCCUAGUCAAGUUAUAUUUCUUUAUAUAGUGAUAUAUCAAGGUAGUCAACAUAAAUACAAGAGUCUUUCGUUAUAAAAUAGUUCAUUCGAAAAUGAAAGGGAUAGUUCACCAAAAAUGAAAAUGCUGUGAUUAAUCACUCACCAUCAUGUCGUUCCAAACCUGUAAGACCUUCAUUCACCUUUGGUGAUUGAUAUUUGGAUAUUGGAUAUUUUUGAUGAAAUAAGAGAGCUUUCUGUCCCUCCAUAGACAGCAAAACAAAGAACACGUUCAAGACAUUGUUAAAACAGUAACCGGUACAAAGCUACGAGAAUGAACAAAGGUCUUAUGGGUUUGGCUCCACUUCGUUAAAUGUUGAUUCAACGAUGCGUUGCACAUUGCACGAAUUAAGCCAACAGAUGUUCGAUGACGACCUAAAACUAGCUAUUGGCUUGGUGUGUCACGGCCUUUGAGGCCCCGGUGUACCUCAGAUUGGAAUCAAACGACAAACUAACGUCAUUUCAACCAAAAUCAGGACAAAAUAAAGUUUGUUUACAGUUUUUGACAUUUCGAAACAGCUUGCCAAAGCAAACGUACUGGAAAAUUCAGUCCAGGUGGUAAACACACUUGAAUUACCAGUCGGUGGUGAUUAUGUAAUAAGUGGGUGUGACUCUGUGGCUCCGCCUUCUUUGACAUAUAUAUCAUGGUUUAUCUCUUCUGUUCAGUCAGAUGAUCGUUACAUUAAAAAACAGAAAGAAAUGCACCGGAGAUCUGCUUUGCAGUAGAAAUUGAGUCGAAAGCUUGCAACACAUAUUUACAUAUUCAUAUAAUUAAGCUCCCAGCCUCCAAUGCGGGUAUAUCGAGGCCUUUCCUGUCAGCAAAUUAAAAGCUCUUUAACUAGUCUCCGCUCAAGUAAAGAUUUAGUUAACACGCUUUAUUUGCAAUCGGACUUUUAAAAAGAUUUGGCCAGUUGUGCAGCCCACCGGUAACAACAUCCAGCAAUAAGAGCAUCCACACUGACCGCCGGUCCAGUCAUAAAUCACUGUAUGCGUGAGCGCCCUUCGACUAUAAUCAUGUGUGAAUGUCAACUACGCAUUACACGGCAAUACAGAUUGAUGUCGGCUUUAUAAGAAAUGACAAAUAAAAGGCACAAUUUAAAGGUUAAAAAUAUUUAAUCCCACAGCAUCAGCGUCACCUUUAAGUAUUAUAAUAGUUUUCGGGCAAAAGAUAACACACUUGCUACUCGUAACAUAAACCCCAGUACAUAACCAAGCACAAGUCCAAAGCCUCUUUCCGUUUCGAUCCUAUCCUCUGAUUCCCUGCACCAGUUUCGAGCUCCGCUUCAGGCGUCCCUUUACUGUUCUGGAGUAUCUGAUGACUUUCAAUGCCGUCUUUUAUUUCCUCUUCGCCGGUGUCUGAACGGCGGAUCACAUCCCGAUGGGUCACUCGCACCACGAUCACGGCUACAAGCAAAAUAUAAAGUAUAAAUGGCGAUUUUGUAAUAUCGGGCAUUGACUGUUGAAUGAAUUGACCUCCAGCAAGAGAAUGUACUUUACCGUGGUGUUCGGACUGAACUGAUGCCACAAACUAACAGAACGUAAGAAUGUGAGACUGUUGCACAUGUUGCUCUUCAAAAAUACAAGGAUGAAGAUGAAACGAA